AUGACAGAGCGUAUCAACAAAGCGCUCUGGACUAAAACCGGCAAACAGAUAUGUACGGCAUGGCAACGAGAGGAAGGAUGCAGCAGCAGCAAACACGACAACAAGCACAUCUGCUCAGGUUGCGGCGCCGUCACACAUGGAGCCCAGCGCUGCCCUAGAGCACAGAAGGUUUAA